AAGGGCCAGAAAAGUGAGGUACUCUGGGGAAGGUAUGUGGAACGCACCGACCGGAUACUGACACAGGUAGACCGGAAAUGGCGGAAGAUUUUGUAGAGCGUUAAGAACGUAGGGACUGCAUGUGGAACUAGGAAUGAGGCUGCUGCCGGUGGAGAUACCCGGGAGCGGCAGCAGCACCACCACUAAGCUGCAGGGCAUGGACUUCUGGAAUAACACCCUGCAGAGCGCCUGCUAUGUCCUGGCCCCUAUGGUGGAUCAGAGUGAGCUAGCAUGGAGGCUGCUGAGUCGGCGACAUGGAGUCCAAUUGUGCUAUACUCCCAUGCUGCAUGCUCAGGUGUUUGUCCGGGAUGCCAACUAUCGCAAGGAAAACCUUUACUGUGAGGUGUGCCCGGAGGAUAGGCCUCUUAUUGUCCAGUUUUGUGCAAAUGACCCAGAAGUAUUUGUUCAGGCGGCCUUACUGGCUCAGGAUUAUUGUGAUGCCAUUGACUUGAAUCUGGGCUGCCCUCAAAUGAUUGCCAAAAGAGGUCAUUAUGGGUCUUUCCUACAAGAUGAAUGGGAUCUUCUGGAAAAGAUGAUUCAGCUGGCACACCAGAAACUUUCGGUUCCGGUCACCUGCAAAAUCCGGGUUUUCCCAGAAAUUGAAAAAACUGUGGAAUAUGCAAAAAUGUUGGAGAAGGCUGGCUGUCAGCUUUUAUCUCACAGGGUAUAUUUUGUCCUUCAGCUGCUCACUGUUCAUGGCCGCACCAAAGAGCAGAAAGGUCCUCUUACCGGUAUUGCUUCCUGGGAACACAUAAAGGCUGUAAGGAAUGCUGUGAUUAUCCCUGUUUUUGCAAAUGGAAACAUUCAGUACCUUAAUGAUGUAGAAAGAUGUAUGCGAGAGACAGCAGUACAGGGUGUAAUGAGCGCAGAGGGGAACCUUCAUAAUCCAGCCUUGUUUGAAGGCAGGAAUCCUGUCGUUUGGGAGAUGGCUGAGGAAUAUUUAGAUUUAGUACGGCAAUUUCCCUGCUCCUUAUCAUUUGUGAGAGCACACCUCUUCAAGCUCUGGCAUCACACAUUGCAAAUCCAUCAGGAGCUUCGUGAAGAACUGGCAAAGGCUAAAACACUCGAAGGUGUCAUAGUAGUCAACCAGAAUUUAAAGCUGAAGUGCCAGCAAGAAGCAUGUAAGUUUGGAGAGGUGGCUACUGGUGAUUUGCCAUUACCACACUGGAUCUGCCAGCCUUAUGUUCGCCCACUACCAAAAGACCCUGGUAAAGAGGAGAGUGGAGUUCGGGGAAAGCGGGCACUUGAGAAGGAGGAAGACACAAAUACAGAGCUUCUUUCAAAAAACAAGCAGAAGAAGAAGCUGCGCAAUCCUAACAAAAGCUUUGAUCCAUCCAUAAAACCUAAAUAUGCAAAAUGUGAACAGUGUGGAAACCCAAAGGGCAAUAAGUGUGUGUUUCAUCUGUGCCGCAGCUGCUGCAAGAAGAAAGCAUUCAGGGAGUUAGCAGACUGUGCAGGUCAUGGGCUGUUUUUUAAAACCAAAUAUGAGAAAUCCCUUCAUUGCAAAAGUGUCCAGAAUGUUGAAGUUCCUGAGACAGACCAAACAGAGUCGAAGAUCCUUCAACCACUGCCCGAGAUCAAAGCUUAAAUCCCAAGGACCAUUGCCAACCUUUGGCUGCUGCCAGUGGGAUCCGCUCCUGCUGCCUACUCAGGGAGAUGUUCUGGGUUUACCAAAUGUAUCCUGAAUUGUGUGUGUGUGAGUGGGGGGCACAAUGAUACAGGGCACUGUACACAACACUUUUGCACUUUAGACUUUUAAUAGUUUUAAAGAAGCUUUAAAUAAUAUAAUAAUAAUUUGACUAGAGGGAAAUGGUUUUUCCUUUUUUAAACCUGCUGGUAUACGAGAAGUGUUGUUGCUCUUUUCAUACAAAUAUAAUAUCUAGUAUGCGGCCUUUCAGGUGUUGUUUAGGUAUAGCUCAAAUUCCCCUCUGUUAGUUUUAAGCUUAUAGAGAAUUGUGGGUUCUAAACCUACAAAGGAAUUGUAGCACUCUGAUUGUAAGGCAACUGAAUAGAGCUCUGUUAGCUCCAAAAUAUGUGGCAACAUUUCAGGUCUAGCAGUUUAGCAUUCUACAAUUUGGCCCUUGGCAGUUUUCGGCUUCCAUAUUCUGGAGGCACCUAACACCUGCUGGUACUUUUUUAUACCGGAGAAAGGCCUGCAUCCAGGGACCUGAUGGGGGAUUGCACAGAUGGAAGGACAUAUUUAGUAUCAGUUGUUUUCCAAUAACUAGCAAGCAUUCUCCGCUAACUGAAUGAAGGGGCUGGUGUUUUAAGGGGAUAUUGUUGAAUGUUUUAAUUGGCUAAUGUAUCUUUACAAAUAAAGUUUUUUGCUACUUUUUUGGAUUGGCA